GCUCUCCAAAAAAAUCAAGUCUGUCCUGAAUGUCAAACAGGAAGAACUUUUCCAUUUGAUUCCAGUAUACACAAGCGUCAUAACUCUCAAACUCCAAAAGGACUCAUAUCUUGGUAUGACUUAGACACCUGCCAAAAUGAACUGGAUGUCUCUAGAAGUCCUGCUCGGCGGGGUCAGCCAAUACUCCACUGUGUUCGGCCGCGUCUAUCUAUCCAUAGUGUUCAUCUUCCGAAUCUUGGUGUUUGUGGUGGCUGUUCAACAGGUGUGGAAUGAUGAACAGAAAGACUUUGUCUGCAACACCGCCCAGCCGGGCUGUACUAACGUCUGCUACGACAAAUUUUUCCCCAUCUCCCACGUCCGUCUCUGGGCUCUGCAGAUCAUUUUCGUCACGUGCCCAUCUCUCAUGGUAGUGGCUCACGUAAAGUAUCGUGAAAAGAAGGAUGAGAAGUACGCCACUCUUCAUGAGGGUCAACACCUGUACGCCAACCCUGGGAGGAGGCGUGGAGGCCUGUGGUACACCUACAUACUCAGCCUGCUGUUUAAAGCUGGCUUCGAUGCAGGCUUCCUCUAUAUUUUGUACUACAUUUAUCAUUUCGACAUGCCAAAUGUUACCAAAUGCACUGAAGCGCCUUGUCCAAACACUGUUGACUGUUACAUCGCCCGUCCUACAGAGAAGAAAAUCUUCACCAUCUUUAUGGUGGUCUCCUCUUCUGUGUGCAUCUUCAUGUGUAUCUGUGAGAUAUUCUACCUGAUUAACAACAAAGUUCGCAAAUGCCUGCGCAGACGGAGAGACCAGAAUAUAGGGCUUAAGCGUAAAUACACAAGAGUGGAUCCAACAGCCUCAUCCAACCACAACAUCGCCAACUUGGAAAAGGCAAAAGCCGCAAAAGAUGAAAAGCAUUCAGGACCGACCUAGUAAUGGUCUGAACUCUGAUUCUGGAACAAGCAGGUGUGAUAAACGGUAGUGGACAUGUUGGAUCUUGGACAAUAAUGUAGAUAAUCCAACCAUGCCAAUACAUCAAAGGAAUAUUGCAUUUAAAAUAUUUUAUGGACAAUUACUUAUCUAUGAUAACUUCAGAGUGUCCUUUUUAAUUUGAAAUGAGAAGGUUAUUACGUUGGUAUUUUUGAGUCUCAUUCACUAAAGGAGCACACUGCUCCCUAGUGUACACAUAUAACAACAUGGUGAGAUGAGAACGCAUCUAUUCCUGUCCCUGGCCCAAUACAGUAAAUGAAAAAGUGUCCACACUUAUUUAAGUCUGAGAUCAACUACCAAACAUUGGGACUACAGCAUUCUUCAACUCAGACACCCUUAAAAGCCAGACAGAAGGCCAACUAACCAUGGGAACUGGGAUGUCUUUGUUCAAAAAAAAAAAAAAAAAAAAAAAA